GGUAAUAUGCUCAUCAUGCCCAGAUACGUAGGCAGUGACUUCAUACCCAUUUUUCAGUGCUCGUCCAGUGGCCGUCGCUCCUGUACGUUAGAACUUACGUAGGAAUGGAUAUAUCGCCAAGAAAACGAAUAUGAUAUAUAUUUGCGCUGUAUACGCGUUAAACAUUAAUACAGACAUGUAAGAAAACGGAUUUUAUGUCCGUGUUUGUCAAUGGACUGCUCUGUUUUCGGUGAUUUGCCGUUGAAAUUACGUUUUUUUUUUGUUUUUUUUCCUUAGCUGCGGUGCGUUCACUUACUUAGCUAAUAUUGCUUUUAAAAUCAAGAUGGGCUUUAUCAAAUGAUGAUGGAAGCAUGGUCGAUUACAGAUGCACUCUACCAAGGUGGCAGCAAUGGCGAAGCAACGUAUACUGUGAUCGUCAUGUAGCCUGCUCCUUCCAUAUAGAGGAAUAAUGCUGACAUUGAUGACUGUGGGAUCCUUAUUAAAUUGUUAAUAAUACAAUGAACACCACUGUUACACCAUCAGACCUGGUGGAUAUGCCAAGACAGCAGAACUUCAAUGGCACCGUGGGCACACAGACCCCGUCAGGUUGGGCCAUGAUCCACAAUGCUACCUUAACCUUUUGCUCUCUCCUCCUCAUCUUCAUCUUCUGUCUGGGCUCUUAUGGCAACCUUGUGGUGUUCCUGUCCUUUUUUGACCCAGUGUUUCGCAAGUUCCGCACCAACUUUGACUUCAUGAUCCUCAACCUUUCCUUCUGUGACUUGUUCAUUUGCUGUGUGACUGCUCCCAUGUUUGCACUGGUGCUCUUCCUGGAUGCAGGUGGAGGGGAUGGCGUGUCAAAGAGUUUCUGCUUCGCCUUCCACUUGACCAGCUCGGCCUUCAUCAUCAUGUCCCUGGAGACGGUAGCUGUCAUUGCGUUGCACAGACUGCGCAUGGUGUUGGGGCAGCAGCCCAACCGCACUGCCUCCUUUCCCUGCACGCUGGCCCUCACUGCCCUGCUGUGGACAUCCAGUUUCACCAUGGCUGCCCUCCUUACCAUGCGAGCUUACCCACGUAGAGAUGGACCCUGCUUGCCCCACUUUGGCCUGGGAGGUGGACAGGCCAGGGUUGUGUUGUAUGUCUACCUGGCAGACUUUGCCUUUUGUGUAGCUGUGGUGUCUGUGUCCUAUCUGAUGAUUGCUCAGACACUGAGGAAGAAUGCACAAGUGAGGAAAUGUCCCGUCAUCACUGUAGAUGCCACAUGCCCUCCACCCCCACCUCCUCUCAUUGCAGCAGGCUUUGAGAGCAUGCAGUGUGCUGUUCAAGGCCCCUCUCUGUACCGUAACCAGACUUACAAUAAACUGCAGAACGUUCAGACACACUCUUAUGUCAACAAGACCAGCCAGCCUCUGGUUCCAGGGGCUGCCCAAGGAGCCACCUGCUGUCAGCUGGUGUCUACAGUCAACCUGGCCACAGCCAAAGACUCGAAGGCAGUUGUCACCUGUGUAGUUAUAGUGUUCUCUGUGCUGCUUUGCUGCUUGCCGAUGGGAGUUUCACUGGCACAGGAUGUUUUGUCACCGGAAAGUAACUUUGCACAUUACCAGUUUGAACUGUGUGGCUUUGUGCUCAUUUUUCUCAAGUCAGGCAUCAAUCCCUUUGUGUACUCACGCAACAGUGCAGGCCUCCGCCGCCGUGUGCUAUGCUGUAUUCAGUGGGCGGCACUGGGUUUUCUCUGUUGCCAGCAAAAGACUCGACUACAUGCGAUGGGGAAGGGCAGCUUGGAAGUCAAUCGCAAUAAAUCCUCCCAUCAUGAGACCAACUCAGCCUAUGUGCUGUCGCCCAAGCCACAGAGGAGGCUGGUAGACCAGGCUUGCGGGCCCAGUCACUCCAGGGAUUGUGCUGGUAGUCCAAGGGCCACAGGUGUGCGCAAACAUCGUCCCCCCAGUACCUCCACACCCAUCAACACCCGCAUUGAGCCCUACUACAGUAUAUACAACAGCAGUCCCUCUGCAGGGCCAAGCUCCCCCACCAGCCUGCAACCUGUCAGCUCUCAGACAUUUGCCUUUGCCAAGUCUUAUGUAGCCAUGCACUACCACCCUCACCAAGAAGCACUGCAAGACUUUGAAAGCACCUCAGUGCACCAGAUUCCCAUUCCCUCGGUCUAAUGAAAAAGCUGCUAAAUUGAAAGUUUGGGACAAUCUCACCAUGGCUUUAAAUCAAAUUUGAAUCAAAAGAGGAACAUGAAAACAGCUCAUUUUAUGUAUCUGGAAUCUGUAUUUACCUUUUGUUCUCUUCUACAGUGAAAAUACAUGUUACGUUUUCUUGGGUGGAAAAAUUAAAGAAUCAGUAUCAUAAGCCUUUUUACGAGCCAAUACGAUUUGUAUUGAAAGUGUAUGUUCCAAAAAGUUAUUUAGUGCUAUUGAAUUGACUUAUUUUUUUCUUUUACAGAGACUGCAUUUUCACAUAAAUCUGCCCCUGUGUUGCGUGGACGCAUGUGCCAUUAUAACCCGAUAGGUUUUCAUUGCAGCCAAAGACUGCAGUUGCUUGACCUCUGCUGUUUCCUCUCUGGCUGAAGUUACUGAGCACUGAUAUAAGCUGCUGUAGUGUCUGCUAUGAAACCCUGCACAGGCCCACACAUGGCUGGCGAUGGCAUGUGGUUGCACUUUGAUGAACUUUUGCUUCUUAAGAGAAAUGUAUUUGGGAACCUAAUACACUUUUUAACACAAUAAAUGUUUGGCAAGUGCAGUGUGGAUCUGUGCUUUCACUUUUCAUUGACAGAAAAUGAAUUGGCAACUAUUUUGAUAAUUGAUUGAAUUGUUUCUGUCAUUUUUCUGGUUCCUACUUUUCAAAUGUGAGAAUUUGAUGCUUUUCUUUGUCAUAUAUUAUAGCAAACUUUAUAUCUUUGGGUUUUACUGUCGGUCAGACAAAAGACAUUAGAAGACGUCACCUUGGAUUCUGUAAAAUAUAAUAGUGAUUUUUCAUAUUUUGUGGACAAAAAAAUGAAUCAAGAAAAUAAUGGCAGAUGAAUCAAUAAUGAAAAUAAUCGUUAGUUGCAGCCAUGGCUUUAUUAUUGGCAGCUGUGUCAGCGGGUAAUGAAAUGAUCCUUAUGCUGGGCGCCUGACAGCAUGUCAGGCCUCAUGUGUGCUGGGGUUGAACACCUGUCAUUGUGUUGAUGUGAAAACAACAUAGUUGUGUUAUCUUAGACCUAGUAUAAAAGGGAUGAUAACUCAGAGUUGGAAUUGGCAAUUGAUGUCUCACAACUAAUGCUAUAUUAUUUUCUUUUGAUAUGUAUCAUGUACAUGUUUGAACUGCAAAUCUGUCUUAGAGAGUAUUUCAAAUCAUCCACACGAGUGUUGACCUGGUACAGUAUUCUUCACAUUAAAUAUACAGUGAAGUUGUAGAUGAAGCUUUGCGGAGUCUUUUUUUUUUUUUUUUAACUAAAAAUGGCCGGGAUUAGAAAUAUAAAUAACUGCAGUGGUUACUGUUCUACACCUCAGUGGUAAUUUAAUUUCAAUUCUUUUAUGGGUUCUUUGCUUUCUUUUGGAUAAAUGUGGGGGAAAAAAAAAAAUUCUAAAAGGAAAAGAUUAUACUGUAAGCAUAGUGUAAGCACCCUCUGGUGGCCUUUAAUGUACCAUGGCAAUUUACUACAAUAGAUGUCCUUCAAUGGAGGAUCAAUAUGCUGUGUGAGGGAAAUAACAGCCUUAUUAUUUUACAUGUGAUGUUUAUGGUUCAGUCAAAUGCCAUGUUUAACAAAUAAAAACUUAAGAGAAACUAAA